UCUCCUCCAAAUAUAGUGAAGUUAAUUAAGAAAGAGAGAGAAUGAGUAAGUGUGAGAGAGAAACAAACGCUCACUCACACAUAACACUCACUCUCUCCUUUGUUCUUUUCUUCUCAUCAUCCCUAUCAUUAGCAUUUGCCAACAACAACACACACACUCUUCUAUCUAUCACCACACCAACACAUUCAUUCAUUCAUUCAUUCACAACUUUGAUCUUUUCCUAUUCUUCAAAUAUCAUCAAGUUGUUGUAGUUACAACCAGCUAUGUCUUCUCUAUAGUACUAGCUACUAGAUAGCCACAGAGGAAUUCAACAACAACAAGAAGAAGCUUUUAUUCUUUUGGUUUCUUUUAAUUUCCACCUUUUGUGGCUUCCUUGGAUCUUGAACAAACAACAUACUUAGCUUGCAAAAUUUGAUCUUUGUUGUGGAUUCUUGCUUCUCACUCCAUAAUCUGAUCUGGGUCAUGCUUCUUUUCUCUUCUCAUCCUCUGCUUCUAUUGCCAUUUAUUUCUCUCUGGUGCUGAGAUCGAUGUGUGUGAUGAAUUCUUCAUCAGCAUUCUUCAAUAUUCUCUGACUCGGUAUAGUGUUAGUUUGUUGUUGAUUCAAUAAUCUUUUUGGCUUUUCUCUGUGUCUCUUCUUUUUGUUGUUUGAAUAUGAUGAAUCCAACAAUGGAAGAAGAAGAUUAUAAUCAAGGACAACACAUCAACAAGAAGAACAAGCAUGUGUGCAAGUUCUGCAGCAGGAGCUUCCCUUGUGGUAGAUCCUUGGGUGGUCACAUGAGGUCUCAUGUCAUCAAUGGUGACAUAGAUCAUCACCAUGACAAUAACAAGCUUCUUGCAUCAUCAUCAACAGCAAAAAUUAAGAAGAUGCUUUCAUCUUCUUCAUCUACAGAAAACAACACAGGAAUAGGUUCUGAAGGCUAUGGUCUGAGAGAGAAUCCCAAGAAGACAUGGAGGCUAACCAAUUCAACAAGUGAAGACAAUUCUCUGUUGUUCUGCAAGGAUUGUGGUAAAGGUUUUCAGUCUUGGAGAGCACUAUUUGGCCACAUGAAGUGCCAUUCUUCUGAGAAAGUAGAGAGCAUGGAGUGUGAUCAAGAUUCAUCAUGGACUAACAAUAGUGCUAGCCAUUCUGAUAAUGAAGAAGCCAAUGCUCCAAGCAGAAGGAGAAGAUCCAAAAGAACAAGAACAAGGUACAUAGCACCAUUAUCAGCACCAGCAGCAACAACAACUGAUUCUUCUGUUUCUGAGGCUGAUGAGCAUGAACAAGAAGAAGUUGCUAUGAGCUUGAUGAUGUUAAGCAGGGAUUUGAGUCCAUGGUGUGGUGUCAAUUCUGUUUCUGAGUUCUCUAAGAACAAGAACAAGAAGCUUGUCAACAUUGGUUCUGAGUUUUCAAAAUUAGGCAGCUAUUUGAGUUCUCCAAAUCUAAGCUCCAAAGGGAAGAAAAGUUCAGAAUUUUUGGCUACUGAGAGUGCCAAAGGAGUUAAGGUGAUGAACAACACCACAGUUUCAGUUAAUGGUUUCAGCAAGAUUAUUGGGAAGGAUAAGAAAAAGUAUGAACUUGAUUCUGAGUCUGCAUUUGAAGAAGGUACUACUAACAAUAAGUACAAUUCAAUUAAGGCAAAGUUUUGGGAUUGUGGAUCAAACAAAAAGCCUAAUUCAUCAGAAGGUGAAUUCAGCAUCAAGAGCAGUUCUUCUCAUAAUCAUAAGAGAGGAAAGUUUGAGUGUACAACCUGCAACAAGAUCUUCCAUUCAUACCAAGCUCUUGGGGGUCACAGAGCAAGUCACAAGAAGAUCAAAGGUUGCUCUUUUGCUUCAAGGAAUAAUAAUGAUCAGAGCAGUGAAAACAGCAUUGAGUUUGAAGCUGAAGCUGAAGCUGAAGCAGAACAUGAAGAAGCACCACCACCAGCACCAUCAUCACCCACCCCCACUGACAACAACAAUGAAUAUGCAUCACAACAAGUACAUGAAUUUGGUAAUAAUAGUAAUGGUUUUGACAGAGAAUCCAAGAAGGGAAACAAGAACAAGGGGCAUGAAUGUCCAAUUUGCUUUAAGGUAUUUUCAUCUGGUCAAGCCUUGGGUGGACACAAGAGGUCCCAUAUGGCUUCUGCUUCUGAUACUGGGAACUUUCAUCAAACAGUUGUACUUCAAGAAUCUUCAGUGCCUGAGAUUAGGGACUUGCUUGAUCUCAAUCUUCCUGUUGCUGAAGCUGCUGCUACUGAGGAAGAUGAUGAAGAAGAAAUCAAUGCUCAUGCUUCUGAUUCUUACACUACUUGGUGGGAAAAUCACAAGCAGGAGGCAUUGGUAGGUCUCAUGUCUAACUAGAAAA